UAUGGAUACAUCCCUCGAUAAUCCAUCAGAAAUUCUUUCAUCCUUGGAAAUUUUACUUUGCUUUAUUAAACGGACACCUGGUGGCAAUGGCGAAAUUUCCAUAAAAGAAUAUGUAAAUCAAUGGUCAACACUCUCUGGGCUUAAUGAAAAUAAUGAAUUUCGUUCCUUGUUAAAUAAAUCUCUGAAACUUAAACACAUAAUUUCUUUGUAUGAAUUAAUAGAGGGACAAGUAGCAAAUUUAACAAUUGAGUAUACUCAUGAUAAAUAUAAGGAAGAACUUAUACCUAAACAACGAGAUGAAAUAGACAAUAUUAUAGAUUUUGAAACUAUCCAACCCGCAACAAUUAUUAAUGGAAAAGUCGUGAAAUUCUCUGCGGAAGUUUUUGCCACGGCACUAAGAAGAUUUAUUUAUAGAUUUUUACAAGGCGAAAAACAAAAUGAGACUCACCCUCUUAAUCUUUAUAUUUGUGAUACAUCACUGCAUUUUUGGCCUCCCGUUAUUUCUGAAUUAGAAGAUUUGGAAGAAUCGUUCCCAGAGAGCCUAUUAGUUAAUCAAGCAUUUGAAGCUUAUAAAUAUGUUAUGGAUCAGAUUGAGGUUCAUAAACAAAUGGUAUCUUCACGGGAACAACAAAUACAAAACAGAUUAACUAAUCCGGAGGCUACGAGGUUAGCCCCACCUACUCCCGUAGUUCAAAAAGGAGCUCAAAAGAGAAAACAGAGAGUUCCACAUGCUUUGUGUGACCCCAUGCCUUUGGGUUGUUCAUUAUAUUGGGAGACCACCGAUUCAUUAUCUGUAUCAUCAUUGUUAUGA